AUGGACAGUGACAAGCCACAGGCCUCAACGGCCCAAGGCUCUGACGACCUGUUCCCAGGCGCGCCUGUUAACGUUCGUCUUCCCUUCAUAGGUCCUAGUGCGAAUGCAUGGGCUCAGCAGAAGGAAAACGAGCGUCGACAGAGGAUGCAACAGCAGUCUUCCCACUACAAAGAGGAAAAAGAGAAUGAGCCUCUCCAUCACAAGCAGUCAAACACUGAGCGCUUUAAUGAUGCUGUCGCGAUCCCACUCGUGGGCCCGACUAUGCCUGCAUCGCAGAAGCCUGGGGCAAGGUCUUCGGGACUUGACUAUGAUGAAGAGCUUGCUCUUCCUAUGCCAAAACCUCGUACAUUGUCCAGGCCAACUCCACCUCCUCCGGUUCCCACACUCAUGCAGCCUCCUACCAGGCGUGGUAGGAAGGGAAAGGAUCGUUCUGUGACUGAUCCUGGAAAGCCAACUGUGCCUCAGACCGUUGUCUCGAUGCCAGAAAUCACUUUCGAAGAAAAGAAAGUCACGGAGAAGAAGUCCAAAGUUGCAACGCUGAAGUCGAAGUUCAGUCUUAAGGACAUGAUAAGGGAAAGCAACAAGGAUGUCUCCAAGGCUAAUACACACAACGUCAAGAAAGAUACCGUCGAGCAGUCGAAGUCUUCUUUCGAAUCUGAGAAGUCUGUCGACUCAACGGACGAGCCUAAGCUAUACGUCCCGAAACCAAAGGAGCCAGGGGUUGUUCCCUCUUCGGCUCCCCCUACCUCAGUCCCAGAUAGGUUCAGGGACUCGUACAGUUCGGCUGAAGAACCACGCAUCAGAACGGUUCGCUCCACUCCAGCAGCUGCUGUUGAGUCUCUCGCUGAGGGUUCAAGAAGGGCUUCUGUUGGGAGCACUGCAAAUGCAGAAACACCUCAGUCGAAGUAUGUGAGUUCCCAGGAAAAGAUUGAAGGUAUUAUCAUGGGCGACCCUUCACUUUCACCCACUCGUACGGGAACAUACGCCAAAAGCGGAACCCCUGAGGUCAUUGCAUCGCAGUCACGCAUUGUGAGUAUGCAAGCUGAAGUGGAGACGCAUAGACAGGCAUCUGGAGAAAGUUCAAGCUCUCAGGUACAGAUGUUUGAAUCGCCCAUGGAGGUGUUGUACUCCCCAUCGGUGUACGGUCCUUCUGGAAGCGGCGCUUGGGAACAAUUGCAACAUGCUCAUCCGGACACUAUGCCGAUGUUUUCACCGGGUCAUCGAGCGAUAGAGCAGAACGGCUAUGGUGCCUUGAGACGUGCCUCGGACAUGUCGAUUCCUCCCAAUAUUUCAACUGAACAUCGUUCUGCCAUCCAGAAUCCUGUCAGCAGCCAGGGACGCUCUGGCAAUUUGGUGAUCUCUGCUCCUGGUCCUAUUCCUGUUCAAUAUGCAUCUGCGCCACAGCAAUCUCAGUAUCCAAACACUCCCAUCGAAGACGUGUCGCUCUUUACUGGCGUGACCAGCCACGGAGGAUACGCACCUCCACCGCCAGACCCAGAAUAUCAGAGCACGGCCAAUUUGGAGCAGCAGCUCUGGACACAUGCUAGCACACUUCAUCACCACAUGAACAGCAUGACGACCAGACUCACCAAAGUCAUUGGAGAUACGCACAACUGGCACAUGGAUCAAGUGAUGCGCAACGUCGAUAACCUCGGUGAUGUGGCUCGCAUUCUCACGAACCGGGCAGUGGGCCAUUCUCAGAUCGCCGAUGAGACCAAAGGUCUGCUGACUGAAGUGCGAGGAGAACUUCAAGCAUUGAGAAGGGAAUCAAGCAUCACAGAUCGUCGUCUGACAGAGACGGUCCACAAUAUACAUCGAGAGAUUGCCCCAUUGCGCCAGAAGGUCGACGCGUUGUAUGCUGAGUUCAUGUCCCGCCCUUCAGAAGCAAAGGGGAAACAGAGAGUGCAGCGUGUGCCCAGCGCAGAGGAGAUUUCAGCGCGGUUGAGUAACAUAUCCGUAGCCUCUCAAAGCACACGGGGCAGAAGUAAUACGAGACGCAGGAAGGCGAAGGAACCAUCUGCUGCCACUGAAGAGUGCCCGAGUGAUGUUCCGACUCCAACGGCUGCAUUUAGAACACCGAAUCAAGCUGGCAGUGCAGCUGGUGAUGACAAUGACCAAACGGUCAAGGGAGACACGGGGAAGCAGCCUCAGGGCGUUUCUGAGGCGACCACUGGAGGGCCUGACUGGAAAGCAGGCUCAUUGUGUUCUGAGUCUGACCACGCUUCUGUCUCUUCCACCCUUCCUGGUCCAGAAGUUGCCUCUUUGAGCGAGAAGAAUACCAGUGCUGGUGGUGAAAAGAAGAAGAAUAAGACUCCGCGGAAGAAGAACGUCUUUGGUCUUGGAAAACGACAGGACGGUGAGCAGAGCAAGCACCCCAAGACUCCCAAGCAUAACGGAGUCCCGGAACAAAGUCUUCCUCAGGUUUUGUCUGAAGCUGGCACCCAUUCACCUCAUAUUCCACAGACCCCAUCUCGCGCGUCGUUGGAAUCAUCUGCUGGUUCUGCCUCUCAUAUCAGUCCAAGCUUGGUGCACCCUGCACUCCGCAACCCCCGCCAGCAGGAGAUUAUGCGUCAGAGAGAGCAACAGAACCGCCAGCAGAGACCGCGUGGACCUUACAGACGCAACCAGCAGCAGACGCAGGGCGGUUUUCAGCAGCACCACCACCACAGCCAGCUUAUCAGUCCGUCGUUCACUCCCAAUCCGGCUGCUAUCAACGCGUACAUGAGCUAUCCGCCCAUGUUGAGCUCUCCGACAAUACCUCCCACGCCGGGCUAUCCUCCCCCUCCUCCGCCUCCGAUGCCACCGCGCAAUGCUCCCGGUCCUCAUUACGGACCUCCCCCUUCCCCUGCCUGGGUGACUGGCGCUCCUGCUCCCGCCAUGCUGACCCCGUCUGUCUCUGAACCAUGGGGUCCCUCCCACUGGUAUCAGGAGGCGUACGGUGGCGAGCGUGCUGGCAGCAACCAGUCGUAUCAGAAGUGA